AUGGUUAGUAGCCAUUGAACCUUAUCAUCCAUAAAACAGAGAUUAGUUUGGCUUCUUGGCCUUCAGCUGCAACUAUUUUGAGAACAGAACAAAACAGGGAAAGAAAAAGAACAAAGAAUUGGCAGAGGAGACACAGAGACAAUGUGUUGUUUUCUUAUUUUAAACAUAAAUUUCAGUUGUUAAAAUUUAAACUACACUCCUGAAAUUGCAGCACUUAAAUAUUAAUCAUCCCUCCCCAAGCCUUCAAAAAUUUCCCAGAUAUGUGCAGGCUCCAUUUUCAUGUUCAUCCUGAGGCCUCACUGCUGAAAUAGGCACAGCUGUGUGAACGAGGUGUGCAGCUCCAUCCAGUGCAUGUGAACCUGAAUCUAGGUGCUACUGAGUUCAGUGGGACUUAAAUUUGAAUGUGUGUGCACAGGAUUGCAACCUUACUGCCAUUAUCGGCACGGGCUUCUGCCUCAGAAAUAAGUGCUUCACUCGACCACCUUUCCAUCCAUUUCCAGCUUUGUGUUUUGCAAAUCUCUAUGAUUGCUGGAGGUGCUGCUCAAUUCCAGGGCUGCAUAUUAACUUAAUAUUAAAGCUCCUUGAAUCAAGACCAAGACCCAAAACAUUCUAUUCAAUGCAAUGAAAGUGUGCCAGAGAUCAGCCUUCUGUUUAUUGUCAGUCACCAUACUAGUUCUAGGGGCCCACCCACUGAACAAGAGAGCUGUAAAGCAAGAGAAAUAAAUAGCUUUUGCGUGCUGCGGGAUAGUGGUAGCAGCUCCUCAUUCUAGAAGUGUUUCCUGGAAGCUAAAAGGAGUGUUAGGGCUCUGUAGACUUUUUACACCAGCCUAGCAAAAGAACUAUGCCUCAGGCUACAAUAAAUUGGAUGCUUAGAUGGGUGCUGCUUGGAUUUCAUAAUGCUUUUAUUACAAAUAAAGAGAAAUAUUGUAAUUAGCAUGCUGACUCAAUACUGAUUGAAUAUUCUCAACCCUUAGUUGCAAAUGAAAUGGUAGGGGCAAAUAAGGAACACUGACAGUCAUUCCGAGUCAGAGUCAAGUUGCACUACUGCAGUCACUGAGUCACUAACUAUCAUUGGAAAUAUUAGAUGAUACCCAACAGUCAUACUUGGAGAGUAGACUCUUGUAAUUUAAUGGACUUGAGUUAUUUACGUCAAUUGAUUUCAAUUGGCCUACUCUAUCAUUUGAUGUCAUCCAUUCAUAUUAGAAUUAUUAGGUGCGUUAAAUGCUUCUAUAGGGACUUUUCUACAGAAACACUUUACACUGAAAUCCUUAGCACAGUUGCUAGGGUGCAAGUCCCAGUGAAUUAAGUGGGAUUUGCUUCUUAAUACACUUAGACUAGAAUCCACUAGUUUGUAGUUACACAUUUACACAGGUAUCCAAGCAGUGGAAUCAGUCACAGAAAUGGUUCCUUGAAAGGAGUAUAAUAUGCUUUAACAUGUAUUAUAAUACACUGCCCUAGAAUCCAUAGGAUGAAGGGCAGUUUAAAUAUUUUUAAAAUAAACAAUAAAUGUGUGAUUUAGCCCUUAGCAACUUCAAAAAUGGAAGUACAUUUAUUGUAAGCAGACAUAUUUAUGUUCCAAGGCAGAGGUGUAAUUUCCUGAAAUAUUCAGACAGCAUUCAUCAAAUAGCCUAAAGCCAAUAUUUGGGAAACUAUGAUAACAGUACAGAGUAGCAUAGAAGUCGCCAUCCUAACUCUAACCCCCUGCAAUGUAUUGGUCCUCAAUUCCCAGUGUCGGAAAUGUGAAAAGAUGGAUGGCAAAGCCACCAAAUCAUGGAAAUUCAAAGGAUCAUUUAUAUGCAAGUUGUGUAGUUGGCUCAUUUGGACUACAUGGGAAUCAUUCCAGGUGCCAUGCCAUGGAUGGUAGAUAUUAUGUUGGAACUGACUUUCAGUGCUAAGUACGCCAAGAUGUAGUGAGGAUAUGUAGUGCUGUGUAUUUGUGUUGCUGUGUCUCUUGUCAAAGUGCAGCCAUUUUCACAGCAGUAUCAGGUCUACGAUAGUUAUGCUUCCAGCUUGCCAUUCACCUUCAUGUUAACCAAGCCUUCCCAGGCAACAGCUUUUCUUUUUCCUCAUGUCCAAUUUGAAAUGUAACUAGAGCUUAUUUCAUUUGGUCAACCUAUCUGCAUGACUCAGAAGCUCACCAGCUAUGCUAGAAACUAGGAUCUAUUAUUCUAGAAAAGGAAGUGUGUGUUUUUCCCCCAGCAGUGGUCCUGGCUUGCCAGAUUUUUUGAGCCUCUGAGUUACGGUAUUUUGUUCUCUAGCAGUGUGGCAACUUUAUUACAAACCAUUGCAACUAGUAAUAUUCCCCGUGACAGAGCAGUCAGACUUUUAUUGACGUUAGCAGGCUGAUUUAAAAAUAAUAAUUCUCACAUUUGUAUACUGCACGUUCUCCCAGGGCCCAGAGUGGUGUAUGUGAUUUCUCCCAUUUUAUCUACAGAAUAAUCCCAUGAGGUAGGCUAAGGUGAUAGAUAAUAGCUGACCCAUGGCCCCCUAGGAACCAUAGAUGAAAAUUAAUUUGAAAGCAGAUCUCCACAUAGUUUGAUGCUAUCCACUACGCAAUACUGGCUCUCAGUGUUUUGUUUUUGUUGAAAAUCAAUCUUAUUGUUUAAUUUAUCCUUUUGCUUUGUGUUAUUCUGAAACUCUGGCCAGAUAGUGAGUCAUGCAGCAGUAGUAUGAGUCAUACUACUACUUGAUUCUGGGUUACUGAAUAAAUAUUCCUUAGGGGAAUGGAGAGGCUGAUGUUAUUCAGACUACCAGCUUGGAUAUAAAUAUGUAGUAAUAAAGCUGGUGGCAGCUAUUCUGGAUGAACAUGAAACCAAGUUAGCUUAAGUGUUGAGAGCCAGCUCACAAAUUCGUCUGAUGUGGACUCACAUUGACUCAAUCAGACCAAGUGAAAUCAUGCACCUGCAAUCUGCCCAUUAAAUCAACUCCGUUGAUAAUAAUAAACCUUGAUUGCAGCCAAUAGCCAAGCCUUUGCAUUCUUCUCAGUUGUAGAAACAAGACUGCAGAACAAGGUUAAAUUGCCACGAUCCCUUCCGGGAUCUAAUAAGCAUAAAAGUGGCAUAAGAUUGAAGCCUUUUGUGCAGCAGAAAAUGUAACAGAAUAUGUGUAUGUCACAUAUCGACCUCAUUCCCACCCUACACACAUCUGAGGACCCCUUGACAUAGGAACCCAUGCAUACAGGAGACUCCAGUUCUACAGUCUAUACCAUGCCAAAAUUGAGAGUAAAGAUUGUUUCGUCAGCGUAGUGUUGCAUGCCAUGAAGUUUCCUGACAGGGUAGUAUACCAUCUCUCCCACACAUGUAGGAUAAGCCUCAUGAUCCAUUAGAAGGUUCCUGUGACCCACAGACAGGUCCUGAACUACUAUCUGAGAAUGCCUUACAAGAGGCAAGGAUAAACAACUUAUACACCCUGAUAAGUUGUUUUUCCUUACAUUUGGUAGGGCAUUCUCAGGUAAUAGACCAGGACUUGUCUGUGUGUAUGGCUGGAUGACCCCUUAGGAGACAGGGGAAAUAAAAGAAUGUGCAAUUAAGUUGCAUAUGAAUUCAUUCAUUCAUUCAUUCAUUCAUUCAUCCUCAUCCUAACUUGAUCCUUCCUGAAUGAAUAAAGUAGACUGUACGGUGUUACCUUCUUGAAAUUGUUAAACUGGAAAAUAAAAAAGGAUGCUAUUUAGUGAUACCCAGACAGAAGAUGGGCAUUUUGCAAAUCCAGUGGGUGUUCAUGAGUUUGUGGUGGGGGGCAGCUUCUGCAAAAGUAUAAUAUAUGGUGUGGGUCUAACCCCUGAGAAGGACCCAUCACCUAUGCCCAUCACCCAUCACCAGAUAGGUUCUGACUUGUGAGCAGUCUUGGUUGUCUAAAAGGUGACUUUUAUAAUGUGACCUUUAGUGUUUUGUCCUGUCACUUUAAAAUGGAUUCAGUGUGCUAUAGAGAGACUAAUGUAAUGAGAAGGCAAAAUAUUUUCUGUUUUUUGGGGGUCUUGUAUGUAUAUCAGAAUCUCCAAAUUUUGUAACAAGAUGACCCUAAACAGUACAUUCUACUUAUUGUCUUUUAAUUCCCCCUAACACCCCGCCCAGCCCUGCCAGUGGACCAUAAGGAAACAGUGUGGGCUACUUUAACAUUUGCGCUUCAGAAGCAUUUAUUGGCCCUCUCAAUUCCAUCUCCUUCCAUCAGAACUUGCUUUAAUCAAUAGAAAGGUAAGAGUGUUUGAUGGGAUGGCAUUGAAUGCUCCUGAAUAUCUGUUAAGCAAAGAUUCAAUCAAUCUUUCGUGUGGGCUGCAGACAUCGUCUUGCUUCCCAAGAUCCUCAAUUCAAGAUUCUCAGUUGGGGGGGGGGGAUCAAAAUUAAGCAAAUUGGGUAAAGUUAACCCCCUUUAAAAAUCUGGAUUUCCUUUGACUUUAAAGUUCACACUAACCACUGACCUUAUCUUCAAAUUAGUGUAAUCUUACCUGUAUUUUAUUUUUGAUCCCAGCAACAAACAUUCAACAGCGACUGGUUUGUAUUUAUUGAUGUCUAGCAGGCUAGGUACUAAAAAGAUUGAUGAACUACUGACUCUUUUGCUGCAACCUGAAUCAUAAUGGGUUACACCAAAAUGUCAGGAUUCCUGGCCCAGAUUGCAUCUUCCUUUUAGCAGCAGAACUCAGAACAAUAAUGUCUGAAUAUAAUCUCCCCCAGCCAGAGGUUCAUUUCAGACUACAUGACUCCUUGGCCACAGAGUUUUCUUGUGAGCAGGCAGUAAUGAAGUCAGCUAAGCGCCAGCCAUGUCCUAGGGUAAGGUAAUUCUUCCUUCACCUGCCUGGACCUGUCCCUAUAAACAACAGGCUCCACAGGGGAAAGCAGUGUUAUGGAUUUCACAAGACUUCUCCUUGAUGCUGCAGGGAUAUGUUCAGCAGAAACAGCAACAUUCCAACGGUCCUGUCACCCCAUGCUGCAUAGCUGUGCAUCAGACCAGGCAGGGACUCGGCGUGAUCAGGAGUGUGGGGUCAAAUACAGUCACAGUCUGCGGUGAAUUACCAACAUAAAAGUGUUGCUGAAACACACAGGAUGAGAAUUCCCCUCCCCCCUUCAUGUGUGGAAGAAGCUCUUCUUGCGAUGCCACACACACCCAGAGAGAGAGAGCACUGUGAAACUGAACACACAACUCGCCUCACGCUCACCCCAAAGCCUACAGGCAGGGGUGAAACUAGGAUUUAUUUCACCUGGGUCAAAAACCCAGUUUGGCAAACAACAACAACCACAUGCAUUUGUGUACACACACACACCGACACACACACAGGCUGGGAGCCUCAAUGGUGCCCCUCAGGAGGCUUCACCUGGUGUAGAAAACCAGGUUAGCCCCCACAUAGCUACAGUACUGCCCACAGGUGGCAAUCUAUGCAACUGCAUACCCAUAUUGCAAUCCUUAUCCCUCUUCACCCAUUCCAUCUUAAAAUCUGACACCCCUAUCCACAAAGCAUUUUAGUCAGCUUCUUAAGGAGAGGGGAAAUGAGUAUACUUUGUGUGCUCACAAGAACCAAUAUCCAUAAUCCACAUAUUUCCCCUUGAAUCCAUUUCAUACUUUUCUAAUUUUCCUUAGUUCCCACAUUCUUGGCCAUGGAGAUCAUAAGUCCUUAACAGGCUGGACAGUUUGCAUGGCAGGUGUUGCCACAGGGACCCUGAGGAUCAUCUAGUCCAACCCCCUGCAAUGCAGGAAUAUGCAGCUGUCCCAUACGGGGAUCAAACCUGUAACCUUGCUGCUGUUAGCACCAUGCUCUAACCAAUCCAGCAUAUCCAGGUUCUACACGUAUUGAGAUUUUCAUGUGGCGUAAUUAAAGCAUUGCAUCUCUCCCUGAAAUGCAAGGCAUGGUCCAAUCCUCAUGUGAUCCUCACGGUCCAAUCAAUCAUGUACAUUUGAAUGUAACAACAACAACAACAUAAUAAUAAUAAUACUAAUAAUUGUUAGUUUCCUGCAUUUUAAUUGUACCUCUGUUGCUUCUGCCUCUGGAACAGGUUGCCUUGUUCUGUCUUGCACUGCUGAAUGAGAUGGAUAUCCCAGUUUCUUGGUGGGAACAUGCAGAACCUGGUCAGUUCCCCAUGAAGAAUCUGCACAGUCCCCCAUUAUGACAUGGAAUGACUAUGAAGCUAAGAAGACAGAGGUUCUGUUAAAUCUCUUUGUAGAUGAUGCAUUAUGCUCCAAGUUCCUGGCAUCCGCUCUGUCAAUUCUCAGACUUGUGCUUUACUAAACAGAGAGAUUCAUCUUUCUGCAGAGGGACACAUGACCCUCCAAUGGUCUCUUCUAUGGACUUACGCCAGUCUAUAUAAAGUGCUGACUCUUGGAAAGUAUGUUGAAGAGAUUACUUUCUGCUUUUCACCAAGGGCCAUAAAUUCAGCUGGUAUUUAAUAGAAUCUAAAAUGUAUUUCCAAGGCUCUUUGGUGGUAACUUCAGCAUCAGCCGGAGCCCCCUUGAAAUAAAGGGAUUAUUGGGAGCCAAGUGUUAAAUUACCUGAUGCUUGUUAAUUGAACUUCAGAGGAUUUACUGAGCAACUGGUUCCAGCAAGGAACAGCACUGUGGUAUUAAUGGUGUUUAUAAUAGUAAAUAUAAUAUUGCAUAGUCAAGUUCCUCUCGUAGCAUCCACUGCGCAAAGAGCUUUCUGGUCUGCUUAAUGAAACCCGAGGAAAGGGAAAAGAUGGACACUCAACAGUGAGUCUUGGGUUUGGCAUUUAAAUUGGGAGGAGGGGAAUAGGGUUUUCUGUUGUGAUUAGAGUUAGAGGCUGGGAACUGGAAUUUAUUAAUUCUGCUGCCAGCACUUUCCUGCAUAUUUAUCAUGAAAUUAUUUGAAGGAACAUAAAAAUCCAACUAGUUGAUCUAUACCUAACCUGGCGUCCUCCUGAUGUUUUAUGCUGCGACUCCUACGAACCCUGACCAUUGGUCACUGGCUGGGGUUGAUGUAGUCCAAAACAUGUGGAAGGCACCAGAUUGCAGAUGGUUGAUGUAAUCUAAACCUGCAAACAUGGCCCUGUACAGUCAAACCACCUUGAAAGUACUAGUCCAUUCUAUAGCCUAGAAGCCGCCUAUGUUCCAAUAGUUUAUAAUAACCAUCCAUAUUGUAGAAUGUUGCAGAAAAGAACCAAAGUGUGCAAGAUUCUUUACCGCUCUUCACCAAAGACAGUCACAGGGCAGUUUACCAAAAUACAAAUUGCCUUGAAGGAACAGGAGUUUCUGCUUGAUUUUGAGCACAUUAGUUAGGAUGUAUUUAUUUUAUGUAUUUAUUUAGAGAUUUCUGUCCUCCCGCCCUUCUAGUGUCCAUCCAUGCACUACUUGGAGCGGUUUAUAAACAUUUAAAACAGUAAUAAAAAGCACAUACAAUACAUUCAAUAAAUUAAGGGCGUAACAAAAAAAUAAAGACAGAGUCAGACGUGAAGGAAGAGAAUACAGAUAAAACCUAGCGUUCAAUAACAGUUCAGCAUUUGGUAGACAAAAGCUGGCUAUAAUAAGAAUGUCUUGACCAGCCAAGGAAUGGACAAUGCAAAAAGGAUCUACCACGGGGCAAAGUGUUCUGCAAUAUUGGGAAAGUCACUGAGAAGGCCCUGUCUUUUGUCACUACCAGUCUACUCUUAACAGGGACACAGAGAAGGACCUCUACUGAUCUUAGGAAGUGGACAGGUUGGUAAGGGAGGAGGCAAUCCUUCAGUAUCCUGAACUCAAGCCAUUUAAGGCUUUAAUCACCAACACUUUGAAUUGUUCCCAGAAGCAAAGAGGCAGCCAAUGCAGACAUUGCAGGGUAGGCAUCAUGUGUUCCCAAGGACAUGUGCCUGCUAACAUUCUUCCUGCUGCAUUUUGGACCAACUGCAGCUUCCAAAGGCUCUUCAACCAUAGUCACAUGUGAAGUGCAUUGCUGCGAUCCAGUCCUGAUCGAUCUUAGUCUUGUGCAUUAGCAUAGUCAGGACUAACCUCCUCAGGUUCAGGCACAAGUGGCACAUCAGGCUAAUCUACACAAAAGCACUCCUGGCCACCACCUGGUCAUCCAGAUGCAGGGCUGAAUCCAAGAGCAUACCAAAAUUGUAUACCUGUUUUUUGAAGGGGAAUACCAUCCAAAAUGGAUCACUUGCAUCUUGUCUGGAUUGAGCUUUACCUCCAGUUUAGAACUCCAACAAAUUUCAUGGCAUUAGGUACAGAAAGGGAAAGAAGAGUUGGGUGUCUUUCACAUACUGAUGACAAUGUAUUCCAAAGCCUCAGACAACCUCUUCUAGUAGUUCCAUGUAGACACUGAAUAAUAUGGAGGAUAAAAUGGAUCCCUAUGAAGGGCACCAAAUUGUCAAAAAUGGAACACUACAACAUCACGUUCCUGAACUUUAAGGGAGGACUGGAGCCACCACUGAAGAGCACUUUCCAAACCCUCCCCUGCUAGGCAGUAUAGAAAGAUAUUAUGCUCAAUGGUAUUGAAUUCCAUGGUGAGGUCCUUUUUAGGUCCUGGAAAAGGUCAUCUAUUCAGCUGACCAAAGUUGUUUCCAUCCUUAAACCAGGCCUGAAGCCAUUUUGAAAUGGGCCGAAAAUUUAUGCCGAGAAUUUCUGGAUCUGAGAUGCCACUACAUGCUCAAGCAUUAAUUGCCCCUACCUGGAGCAGAACUCAAAAAGCCUGUAAAACAACCUCUUACAAGAUUUUAAUGUGUUACUUUCUUUUAAAUCCUCUGCUUUUAAGAGCACUGUAAAAGAGCAAAUGGCUCUUAUAAUAGUCACCUACAGCAGACACCCUCAGAAACCUGAACAGGGCACAACUGUGAAGGCUUCAAGACAGAAGGGCCCAUUGGAAAUGGGAAACCUCAUUGUGGCUAUGAAAAUUUCAUCAGCUGGCGCUAGGGAGGCAAGAAUCUGGAAGUGUAGAGCAGAUGGGCAGCCUGGAUUCUUGGAGUCAUUGUCUUUCUGCCUGUUAUCUGACUCCAGUGCCGAGAGAGGAUUUGGAGAAUUUAUGGAGGGCCAAGUACUGAGCGCCUUUCUUGAAAUAUCCCUGACUGAUGUAUGAACUGAUGUACUGCUAACUCCCCAGAAGUCAUACAAAUGAAGUAAUCUCUUCCUUUGCACAAUAUGUUCCCAAGGUCAUGCAAGGGGGACCCUGCCAAGUGCCUCUUCUUCCCACUGUACACGCUUCCCAUGUACGAUUAACUGUACAGUGGUACGCUUCAGGUUACAGACUCCGCUAACCCAGAAAUAGUACCUCAGGUUAAGAAAUUUGCUUCAGGAUGAGAACAGAAAUCAUGCUCCGGUGGUGCGGCGGCGGGAGGCCCCAUUAGCUAAAGUGGUACCUCAGGUUAAGAACGGUUUCAGAUUAAGAACGAACAUCCAGAACGAAUCAAGUUAUUAACUAGAGGUACCACUGUAUCAGUAUUUGCUACUGGGCUGUGAAUCUUGUGGGGGGAGGGGACCAUGAUUUUAAGGCAAAUGUAUUUUAGAUACUAUCCAGAUAGCAUGCAUCUUUCUUCCAUUUCUAUAAAUAAAGGAGUUUUAAGCAUCAUUAAAUAAGCAGCCAGUUAUCUUCAUGGACACCUACCAUACCUCCAUUUUGUACAAUUAAUUUAAUAAAGAAGUGUGUACACUGAUUAUAGGAAUGCAGAAGAGCCCAGCAGGGUCUGAAUAUGAUCUCAUCCUGGUCUUUUUUCUCACAAUUGGCCAAGCAGAGAUCUAUCUGUUUGAAGUCCACAAGCAAAACCUGAGUUUAGCAUUACUCUCCUGCUUCUUGAACCCUAGCAACUGGCAUUCAGAAGCAUAGUGCUUCUGAUGCUGGAGACUCUAAUUCACAGAGAGUCAGUUGGAUACAGUAGCUAGGGCUGGGAUUGGACUGUAGAGAGCUGGGUUCAAAUCCCUGAUGAGCAUCAAGCCAGUUGACUUUAAGCCAGUGAAAUCUCAGCCUGACCUGCUUCACACAAGAGUUUUAAGGGUGUGGAAAUGGAGGAAAAUAACCCUUUGUAUUUUGUCCAGAGGAUUUUGGAAGAAAGGUGGAACACAAAUAUAAUGAGUAAUAAUAAACAGCAAACAGGAUACGGUCCGCAUUGUGGUAUAGGACUCAAAUAAUCAUGAGUACUGUACAGUAUUGAGAACAAUCCACAGAGUUGCUCAGAGAUACCUUCAAUAGACCUUGAUACCAAAGGUAUAUUAGCCACCAUCCUAUCUUAUAUUUCAGAAACACCCACCCUCUUGUCUUUUUCUAAUAUGGUUUAUUCCAUUCUCCACCCACACCUUUUCCUUUCUGCCUAGUCCCACAGCCAGUUUAGAAGAAUCCUUUGUUUGUGGUGCUGUACCUGUUACCAUAGUAACUAGUUAUGCUUUGUCCUCAGAUAUUGCCCACAGAGCCCCAUCCUAUGUAAAGUCAGGAGUGCCUUUGAAAUUAAUGGGCUUGGAUGUACUUAGGACUAGGCUGGUACAGAGUCAGAAGAGGGUUAUUGGAAACUAGUUACAUAACAAGGGAGAAGAGGUCCAGUUCCAUUCUUACAAUAACUACCUUGUACUCUCCUGUCUGUACAAGUCCCCAUCCACAUAACUCUCUCCUUUCAGUACAUUUGUACAGCUAAAUGUUUGCCUGAUCAUUUUAGUGAGAGAAAUGGACAGGGAGCAAACCACUAUGGGGUUGGAGGUAAUUCCUCCCCCACCCCUUGCAUUCACUACUGAGCUUAGUGAAGUUUCCAAAGAUUUAUUCACUGGGCCAUCUCCUCUCCCAACUCUGUUAAAGAAGUCUGGGGUUUGUAGCAGCCAGCCAACAAUGUGUACAUACAAGUACAUGGACACUGUGGAGGAGCCGAAACCAGCUGCUAGAUUCACAAGCAUCCUCAUUAUAAAAUAUACUUUCCCCUCUUUUGUUUUCCCUUUCUUAAUGAUUUAUUACCUUUCACUAUUGCUUGCAAGGUCCUUCCAUAUACUGUACUUCAAUUUAUCUCCACCUCCCACCUCUCAAAGCUAAUAAUAGACAAUUCUUUAUAUAGAUAUAUAAUUUUAUAUAUGAUUUUUAUUAUACAUGAUUAUAUAUAUUUAUUAUAUAUAUAUAUUUCAUUAUAUAUAUAUAUAUAUAUAAAAUUUAUAUAUAUGAUUAUAUUUUCUCAUAACAAAUAUCCAAUAUCAUUACUUAACAUUCAUUUCCCAGUUUCCCCCCUCCCUGUUGACUUUCCCCAACUUCCGCUUCUGGUUUAUUACAGCAAAUGUUAGAUUCUGCUGUUUGUACAUAAUAUUAUGUUGUCACCUGCUAUAUUUCUUGUUCUCUGUAAAUAAAGUUGUAAAUGUUUAUUUAAAUCCUGCCAAUGAGUCCAUGUUUUUUUUUUGUUUCUGCAAAUAAGUUGUAAAAGGUUCCCAUUCCUUUUCAAAGUCACUAUUGUCCUUUUCACACAGUUUAUCCGUUAACUUUGCUAACUCUGCAUAGUUCAUCAGCUUUUAUUGCCACUGUUCUUUUGAUGGUACUUCUUCAGUCUUCCAGCUUUGUGCUAUUAAAAUUCUUGCUGCUGUUGUAGCAUACAUAAAUAAUGUCUGAUUUUCCUUCGGCAAUUCUUGUCCUAAAAAACCUAACAGAAAAGCUUCUGAUUUUUAGACAAAAGUUGUUUUAAACAUCUUUUUCAAUUCAUUGUAUAUCAUUUUUAAAUGAUCUUGCAAUCCCACCACAUGUGGUAAAAUGUACAAUUCUUUGUCCAAUGCAGACACCCUUCACAGUAAGAACAGUUGAACAGUAAGAUGAGUAUUAGCAAAAUGCAUGCUUAGAGGUCACUUCAGGAUUUGGGGGAGAAAGCAGAGAGGUUCCAGGAGUUUAUGGCAGAAGCCCUAGAAAAUUAAUAUUCUGAUGAGGAGUCUCUGCUUGGAAUUUCAGAUUUUGUUGCAAGAGGUUCAUAGACCUCAAGAGGCUAAUUUGCUGAAUGGGUGUUGUACUUGCAUGACUCUGUUGGCAAUCUUAUACAUACUUACUUAUGAGUCUGUCCUAUUGAACUCAAUUAUACUUAUGUCUGAAGUAUAUGCAUAGGACUGAAUAGGCAGACAUAAUUUCCAAGUCAGAUUACAGUAUCGCUCAGUUUGUUAUUGCAGGUGAUUUUAGUGUCAUUUGAAACAACCCCCUGAACUACUUUAUUCUGUCAGAAUUACAUUCAUGUGGGUUCUCCUGAAGGAUGCCCUGACAUGUGAUUAUGAAAGAUCAGGCCUGGUUUGGCAAUCUUCCCCCAGGGCAGUUGGCAGUGCUCUGUAGAUCCUUUUGGUUACGUUGUUCAGAGACCCUUCUUCAGAAAACUUUUCAGGCUGUAGACAAAAAUUACUUGAUGGGAAACAAUGCAGGCAGAAGUUUAUUAUUGCAUUUCAAAAGACUAACCUGUGUAUUGUGGCAGGAUAUAUUGUGGACUACAGUCUUCUUGAUCAAUAGCGUGAAAUGUUGUCCCCAGUUUGCAGGAAAGAAAGAAAUAGGCUAGCUAGCCAGUAUUGAUACUUCAUUGGUGUACUCUGGUUUUUUGACAUUCCCUGAUAUUUUAAUACCAGAUGUUAUUGAUCCUUAGAUUGAGUAGUUAUCUAAUAUUUAUAUUAUUGUUGGGUUUAGUGUGUUUAAAAUUAUAAUUAUAUUUAUAUUAUAUUUAUAUAUUAUAUUUAUAUUAAAUUAUAAUUAUAUAAUUAUAAAUUAUACUUAAAUUACAGUUAUAAUGUUGUAUACUGCCUUGACCAUGUUUUGUUUAAGGACAGCAUAUAACUGUUUAAAUAAAUGAAGGAAUAAAUUAAAGCACGCUGCAAAUUCAACAAAGUGAUCCAGCUGUCACUUCCAAGUAAGCACACUUCAGUAUUAUUCCCAAGCGUGCAGAGAAUUGCAGCCUGACGCUGUAGCCUUACAAUGCAAUCCUAUGCCUCCUAAUACGAAGCAAGCACCAUUGAUUUCAAUAGGACUUAACACGAGGUAAGCAGGCUUGCGCCCUUAAGCACUCUCACCGAAGGAGCACCGAAUUCAUUUAGACUUAACUAGCUUAUUAAAUAUUGCGCUGCAGAAGUAAUGCGUGACAUGUAGAGCCGCCAUAAAUAAAAAAGCAUUUAUUAUUGACUGUAUCACCAGCACAACUAAAACACAAAACAAUCAUUUAAAUGUGUUGACAAGCCUGUAGUUUGCCUCAAGAGUCGCCCGGCCCGAUUCCACCCAUAGCAAAACUUGUUUUUUUUCUUCUUCGUGUUUUAUUUCCUAAGGUCGCCGCCUACCUUUCCCCAUCCUCCACUUUCCCCGCUGUCAUGGUAACCCUCCCGACGCCCGGCGCGCUCUCUCUCUCUCCCUCUCACUAUCAUCCCACCCGCUCCUUCGCUCUCGGUUUGGUGAUGAUGCAAGCGCGCCGGUACGUGGGGAUUCCGCCGGAUUACCCGGCAUGCCCCGCGGCAAAAUGGCGGCCUGAGCCGAGCGCGCGGGUCCCGGCUGCGAGGGGCGGGGGGCAAAGUUUUGCGGCGGGCAAAGGGCGCUUUCCAACCGGCUCGGAACCGGCCUCAAAGUUACGGGGGUUCCCCCAGGGAAGCCGGAGCGCGGGGUUGGGCCCCGGUAGGUGGAGGCGCGGAUCCGAAGCGGGGAGCCUGUUGCUGAGAUCCGGAGCCCCUCGGCGGGACCACGGGGCGCCCGUGGUUGGGGCCGGGUCGCCAGCCGCCUCUUGGCCCUGGGCUGAUGCGGGGUCGUCCGUAGGCAGCAGCAGCAGCAGGUAGCGGCGGGCGGGGCUGACCUGCGUCCUCCGUCGGGAUCGCGGCUGAGUUGCAGGGAGUAGGCAAGCCGGCUAGGUCUGGGGGUGAAGCGGAGCGGUGGGCUCUCUUGGGGCUGAAAGUUUGAUACAAGUGAGCCACGGGGGAGCUGGCUUUUGGGGGACAAUUGGAGCAGGAGUUGGGGGAAUUGAGAAUGGAUAUUAAUAGGUGCGGAUUUAAGAAUUGAUUCAGAUCUAUUCUUGGGGCAGUGAUUUCUUACCCGCACUGUGUGCACAACAGAGGGGGAAAUAAGUAAGACUGAAACUUACUGCUGGAGGAGAAAUCGCCUGCCUGAGGGACAAAGGAUGGAAACAGUGGAGAUUAGUACAUAGUACUAAAAGGAGCUGCUGGAGCAGGUGAGAGUGAAAUUCACGUAGUGUGAUUUAACUUCAUCUUUAUUCCCAUUAUUUGUGAUGAUAAAACUUGUUUCUGCCGUACUUCUAGGAAUUGGAAAUCUUCAGUGAAUACAGCUCCAGACUGAGAGUUAUUCUAGGUUAUUGAUUGUUAUUUAUGGUUAUUUGUUUUGAAGAUUUAUAUCCAGCCUUUAAAUCUAAUGAGUCUCAAGACGGGUUACAAGAAACAGCUGACAGUGUGUAGUCUCAUGGAUGCUGGCAUAAGUGAUUGAUUGUGAACAAGAAGUCUAGCUAAGGAAGGUAGUAAGAUACAGUAUGUGAAAUAAAAGGGAAAGAUGAUAUUAUUUGACAUUUCAGUGAUAGGCAAGAAUGAAUGGACAAAGUAUUGAAUGGCCAUGACCUGAGAGAAGCUGGAGCAAGUGAGAGGCUUCUCCAUAGUUGUUUGUGACUCUCGGCACUGCACAUCUGUCUUGCAGAAUUGCAUUUGUUGUGGAUACAGAUUUAAGUGAAGUAAUGAAAGAGGAAAUUUGUGGCUUUAGACUGUGUCAUCUGCGCUGACACAUCUUUGUCUGCCAGUUGGACCAGCAGGGCUCAUAAAUAAGAGUUUGUGGUUUUUCUUGGCAUAUAAACAGGAUUAAAUUAAAUAUGCACAAUUUGUGGAUACAGUAGAAAUGGAUUUGGUUUCUGAAAUGGAUUAGUGUUGUCCACGUACACACAAAUUUAGCUGAAAUCUCUGUUUUCCAAAAAAUAAAUUGAUUGCAGUAUAACAGAACCACAAGGCUGUCAAGCAAAAUGAACACAGUCUACCAAGAUCUGCGAGAGGAGUUAAAAUGAUCACUUGUAUAAGUAAUGUAAUUUGCUUGUUUUCACCAAAAGGAUGGGAAACUACUCAACUAAUCUGUAUCAAGAAGCUGUUAUAACCCUGGCAUCCAGGUAACGUUGGUGAGCACCAAUGACUCACAUAAUCCUUGGUCAUUGUAGCUGUGUGUAAUGGGAGAUGGAGGCCAACAAAAUCUAGAGGACCAUAGGUUAGUAUCUACUGUUCUAAAUGCUAGAAUGGAAAGAUCUCUGCCAACUGCUUCAUUUUGAAGAGGAAAAAAGUUACACUUCCGCUUACAAUUCAGCUAUGAGAAAAUAUCCCAAACAAACCAAAUUCAAGAAUAAUGUGAGGGAAAGUAUGUUAGAGGGGAUUAGUAUUAGUAUCCAUUCCUCAUCACUAUACAGGAGAUACAGGUAAACUAGGAUGGAGUUGUACCAGAGAAGGCUUGACCUAGAAGUCUUCCUUGCCUUGAGAAGAAUAGGAAGUUGAAUGUAAGCACUGAAUUGCCUUUCCUUGAGGACAGGAGACAUUCUGGCAGUGGGAUAUAAAAAGCAGUACAUUCCAAGGUUAGUGUUCUUCCUCUUUCUCCCUCCCCUGCCAGCAACCCUGCUAAUUGCAGAACCUCUAUAAUCCAUCACCCAAAUACACCCUCAGUGGAGACAAACAAGCCUGUCUUACAAUGCCUCAUGAAAGUAUACCCAGAGACCUAAGUGACCAUGGUGUGGAAGUCACAGGUCCCUUUUACCGAAUGAUACAGAAAGUCACUCAGCACUUGGAGGACACUGGAUUUCUAGGUCAAAGAAAUGAUUUCCCUAAGCCAGGGAUACUAUGAAGACCACCUCUGGCAAGACAUCUGAAAGGUAUAUUUGUGGCCAUCAUGUCUAACUUAUGAGCUUGCAGAGCACCUGGCUAGUUACUAGAGAAUGCUAGAUUAGGCUGAUGUUGGUUUGCUUCAGCAAGGAAAUUCUUAUGAAAGAAGUCUAAUCUAUAUGAGUAAUUUCUAGAUAGCUUCAGCCAGCUUUUCUUCUGGGGGUACGCAUACCCCUAAACAUUUUGUGAAUCUAAGUAUGGCCUCAUUGAGGGGCAGUAUUUCAAUAUGAGUAGGAAAAUGAGAGUACCCCUAAACAUUUUUUAGGGGGGGGGCAAGCACUGGCUUCAGCUGAUACUUUGCAAAUCAGGAGUGGGGAACCUCUAGCCCCUGGACCAAACAUGGUCUGACGGGUUCAAAUUUGGUCUGCAAGACUAUUUCCCCCAAAUCUUGUCCAACUAACAUAAUAUGUGCCAUCAGGUGUGGCACAGGUAGUGAUGUGGCUGCCUGUGCACAAUUGAGAGCCUUAAAGUAGGCUCCUAAUUGUGUACUGGCAAGGGAAAGCAGCCAUUGACUCUACCACCCACCAGCGGCUCAGCAGUAGAGUUGAAACUUGAUGGAUUGACUGUAUAUGAUUCUUUGAUGCCUGACUUUGGCACUUCAAAGCACCCAGUCACCUGAUACUGUGAUUGACAGGUGGGGAGCCCUGCCAAAUUUGGCCUGGUAGGCUUGAGCCAGGAUCUGGCCACAGAGCUCAUUCCUGCUUUAAGUAAUCACUGUAAGGAAGACCUUCUCAAAACACCUUAUUAAAAUAGUUAUUGAAAGCUAUGAGGAAGCUGAAUGACAAAGCCAAAUACAUAGCAAUCUUUAUUUUCAAGUCCAUUCUUUUAUCUAAAAUUUUUGUAUGCCAUAUCCGUUUUAUGUGAAUUUUGCCUAAUUGCCUAUUUAGUGUGCAAAGUAAACUGCAUGUAAACACAAUGGCAAUCAACGUGUCACAAAUCUGGAUAUUUUAGAGGCGCGAGUUGCACAACUAAGGGUAUACCUGUUGCCUAGCCCUAAGUGUUGUGUUUGCACUAAAGACUUCUGCCAGGCUUGGAUAUAGUUGUGUCUGAUCUUCAGGAACACUGUACACACUUUUUCUUAAUCACUGCUCGGAGAAUAAAAGCAUGUGGAAUUUGGUCCCUCCACGUCGCAGGCCCAUAGUGAACUUUAGUCAGAAUGAUAUGGGAAACGGCUGCCUUGUGGGAAGGAGUUUGUAAGACUAUUCUAGCUUGAUCUCAUGCCUCCUUCGUCCUAUUCAUACUGAUGUCUUUGACCCAUUAUGCACCGAAUACCUGCUCAUAAUUCAGGAUUGGCUCUUGUGCUGUCCCUGGUUGGAAGAGCUGCUGAUUGAUUCAGAAGCUAAUAAAGGAGGAACUCCGGUAAGCAGGACUGUCUGACAUUCUUAAUAUGGGUUCUCUAAAGCCUGCUGGAGAAAGCAUAUUAAGUGUCGAGUCUUCUGAUUUCCAUUUAAUGUGAGAAAGAUCAGCCCCCUCUCAGUUCAAAGGAUCUCUUGGAGGGAUUCAAAGUGGGUUCCUUUCUUAUCCACUCUAGCCAUUUCCCUGCUUUACCCCUGUACAAGACUUGUUGGAAAAACUUCACGUUGUUUCCUGCCUGUGCAGGAAAUCCAUUGGUGUCUUUCUCAGGGAAGGGGUUGGCCUGCAUCCACUACAGUUCCUUGAACUAUGAGGUAGGCAAGUGAAGUCCACGUGAGAGAGCCAGUGUGGAGUAGUGGUUAAGAGCGGUAGACUCGUAAUCUGGUGAACCAGGUUUGUGUCUCCGCUCCUCCACAUGCAGCUGCUGGGUGACCUUGGGCUAGUCACACUUCUUUGAAGUCUCUCAGCCCCACUCACCUCACAGAGUGUUUGUGUGGGGGAGGAAGGGAAAGGAGAUUGUUAACCGCUUUGAGACUCCUUAAGGGGAGUGAUAAAGUGGGAUAUCAAAUCCAAACUCUUCUUUUUCUUCUUCUUCUUGGGACAGGUGUCCUUUCCCUCCCACAUGUAGACUUCUGGUCAAAGGUGGAACUGGUCUGUUGGCUGAUUCUCUUCAAUUGAAGCCACCUGGUAACUGAGGGCCCUCCAUUGCCAGGUCUCCAUUGUCGUACGAGGGAAGCAUGUGUUAAACAGUCAGCCUUUGGUCUUCAGGAAGUUUUAACAAUAGUUUGCCUUUGUAUCCCAAGUUUCCCCAGGUAUGGAGGAAUCACCUACUCUUACCUAAGUCCUGUUGGGGCACCCUCCCAAUUCUCACACAGUAUACCCACUUGAAUAUUAUAUGGAAUGAUAUGCUAAACUGUGCAUCUCACUUUGCACACUGUUUCUGGCAAGUUCCCUAAAGUCAGUAGUGUGUGUGCCUGCCUUGUUUCCUGUACUGCCUUUUCAAAUUGUUUGCUUAAAAUUGUUUUUGCAUGGAAGUAGAGUAAUCAACAUAUCCCGAAAUGCAGGGGAAAUGAAAUCUUUGAUAAAAUUGGCCAGAAAGAGUAAACAAAGUGGUUAUGCUUAUGAUACUGUUGCAGAUUUUAAAUAUUGGGGAGAGUAUAUAAUUGUAUACUGUAUAUGUUGUUGCCACAAUUCAUUUUCAGUGGCUUGAGUUUGGAGGGUAUAUAGCUCUUGUAAAAUAGUUUACCUUAGAUCCCCUUUUCCCGCAGUGCUUUUAAUUUAGGCCUGGGAAAUAGUGGAUAAAUAUUAGUAAUUUUUUUCCAGGGUCGAGGACUUAGUGGUUCAAGUUAAAUCAGAACUGCAGUAUAGCCAAAAGAAGAGGGAUUUUGGAGCUGGAAAAGGAUUUUAGAUUAUUUGAAGCUUCCAUGCAUAGUUCUUGUGAAACUUCGUUAGGAAUUAUGUGCAUGCAAGAGCAGAGUUAAGCCUUUAGUCUAUAUAGUAUAUAAAUCUGUCUGGGGAUCAAAAAAAAACACAUCUCGGUUUAGCCAGUUUGAAGAGGUUGAAGAGAAUAGCAGCCAUUUUCCUUGGGACAUGACCUGUGACUGGUUCACUUCAGCACCAGGUUGGAGCUUUGAUUUGACUAACUGGGAUGGUAACUUAAUGCAGUGUUAAUGAUUGUUUCAAUGCCCUGGGAUCAACAGAGUCAGACUUUUGCUUCCAGCAAGGUCAACAUCUUAUGCCUGAGGCUGCUUUAUCAUAGCCAAGCUAUAAAGUUGGAUUCACAGACACCUGCUGCAGGAAUUGCCAUUGGGAGUUCUGGCUUGCGUGUUUUAAUGUUUCAGUUCUAAGCUUUCUUUAAUGUGCUUUUGUUUCUCAAAAGGAUUAGAUCAAACAUAUAUUUUCACUGGGCUUGUUUUAAAUGUUCAAGUGAGCACAGCUUUGUAGAAGAAACUACUCCCCCCUCCCCCAUAUCCUUUAAUUUAACCAAUAUAUAUGUUUUACAUCCCUAGUUCACACAGUAGCUGUGCCUUAAUUUUGGCUGUUCCUGAACCUGAAUUAUGUUUUUUUUAAAAAAAUUAUUAUUAUUUUGUGAUAUAGUUCCCUGCCCUGAAUCUUAAUUUUCUCUGUUCUCUAUAAAUAAAUGCUAUCAGCUUGAAAUCAGAUUCAUUCAAGGAAGAGGCAGGAAGUACUCAGUGGCACUUGGUAAUUUGAGAGGGCUUCUUUUGAGCACUGGUUUAAAAUUGCAUUCAUAUCACACUAUUGUUUUUGUCUCUAUUUCCUUAUUUCCUUCUUUUCACCUUUAAGUAGACAUGGUUAGGCUUGCAGCCUUCAUCCUUCUAAUGAAAGCAUGUAAUACUUGUUCAUUAAUAUGCCUUCAAACGUGGUGAUCGCAGUGAUUUCCCGGACAUGGAUUUUUAAGUUGUUGCAACUUAAAGGGCACACAAUUUUAAACCGGUCUGUUCAUGCUUAUUCAAAAUAGCAGUCUGUUUCUUAAAAGGUCAAAAGAGUUUGCACACACAUUUACAUAUUUACCUGCUGCUUUGCAGGACACCUUUGGGAGGAAAAAAGGCUAAGGAGUAAACCCUGUACAAAUUCGGAGUGGAGUUCCUAAGUGUUGGAUGGCACAUUGUUCUCCUUUUGGCAACUCCUGCAGCCAAACUGGUGCUAAACAUAUUGCUCUGCUUUCCUUUGGACCACGUCAGUGAGGCUGUAAGGGGGUUCUUUUCAUCUGGGCAACCCAGGACCUCUAUACACGCUGCCAAGGCUUGUGCCUCAAAGAACAGUCACUUUGGUGCUGCUAAUGCAAUAAAACCAACGUGGGAGGCAGCAGUUACAAGUUACCAGUCUCCGUAGCCACAGCAGCUGCUGUGAUUCUGCAAUGAUUUGACUUUACCUCUGGAGGCAUAGUCCAUCGUCUCAAGACAGACGGAUGCCAACAACAACAAAAUUUGGAUUUAUUUGUAAUUAUAUAUUUGUUUGUAAAGAGUUGGUAACUACAAUCUUUAGAAAUAACAAGUUGUUGAAAUACUCAAGUACCUUGAUCCGGAAACGCAUCAUUUAAAAAUACCCACUGUAAAACCAGAACACAGUUUGUACUGUUAAGACAUUUAGCAUUUGUUUUAAAAUAGGUAUACAGUAUUUUUACUUUGGCUAGUGUAUGGUGGCAGCUGUAGAAUUUCUACACAUUUUCCUUUUAUUGAUAUUGAACAAUUUUCAGUCUUGUGUUGGAAUGUGUAUCUAUCGAUAUAUACAUUCCAGCCCUGAGAAAUGCUUAGAUGUGUCUCUGGGGCAGGAGGAGGUUGAUUUGAAGUUGUGGGAUCUUACCACCAUUUCCUUGUUAUGGUCAGAUCCCCGUUCUAAGAGAGCCUUCACCUCUGUGGAGGGGCCUAAUUCACUAAGAAUCCUAACAGGAAAGGAUCCAAUACCCCUUCCCUUUCACCGGAGAAGAAGACUAUAUUCUUCGAGAAGAGUAUAUUCUUGGUGGCAAAUGGGGGUCAUUUCACAGUUACCUAUAUAUAAAGUAUAUGAAGAGGGAAUUUAGUAAACUCCUCUCCUUUCUGCUCUUUUGUGGGAAGCUGAAAGGAAACUCCCUUUUCUCUCGCCUGAGGAGAGGAGGAUUGUGUCCCAAUGUAAAUUUCUGCAUUGUUCUCCAUUCCAAACCCAGCAUUUGCCCCCCCCCCCCACCCAGUGUGGAAGGCUGGGAAUAAGCACCACAAGCAACAUUGCACAUCAUUGCUUAGUUCUUCAGAGCCUAUAACUCAUAAAUAAGUAAAUAAAUGUAGUCUGAUCAUCUUUGUUGCUGAGACAAAGACUGUCUGGGUCCUUAGGAAAUUUUAAUCUGAAAAUCAUCCACAACAGCAGUAACUGGUGGAACUACAGCCUUUUUUUAAGCUUUGCUAUGCUCACUUAAUACUUAAAGUGUAGAGAAACCAUUGUGUUUGAGGCCUUUAGGAAAUAGUAUCAAACUUAACUGAUAAAUUUUAAUUGAGCAACUGCCCGUUGGAAUUUUCAUUCCAUUGAAGAGUAGUGAUUUUAAGGAGAGCAGCACGGUGACCUCAGAGACUGAAACACCGUUCCAAAGAAACAAAAGGCAUUUUUCUGAGUUUGUAGAAAGUCUACAAGGGAAGAGUUACUUCUGUGUUCUCUCUAGAUCAGCUGAAAAAUUUGACUAUUAAGAUUGGGAUGGGCAUUUAAUGAUGUCUGUGCAUCGUGAGGCUACCUAUGAAUAAGCAAUGGUCUCAUGCCAACUGGGAACCCUUGAAAGUACAGUGAUGUUGCAGAAAGUAAGCCAAGUUCUUUGUAAGAUUCUAAAACUUCUAAAGGGUAUAUUUACAAGGAUCAAACCUUCCAGCUCCCAACUUGUAGCUUCAGAAAUAGCUCUGAUAGGAUUUAGCGUAGUCAGCGCCCCGGCUGGUUGUGGAGAACGUAUUGCCAUGUACUAUUUAGUAUUGGAUUGACAGCCUGUAAUAUAAACAUUAGUCCAAACACGAUCUUAUACCGAAACUCCGCCCAUGCAAGGAGCCAGCCGUCUUCCUGCCACGCGCCAUAAAUCGUUUACGGUUUGCUCGUGCCAGUGCAUUUGAGAAACAGCUGCACACUGGGAUUAGCAGUUUGUAGAGGGCCUCUGCUGAGCUAAAUUAGGGCCUACUGCCCUGGUUGUCAAUGCUGGUAAUGGGGGGGAGUGAAAUAGCAGAAGUGUUUCUCUGCACCAAAAGGCUAUUAGUUCAGGGAAUGAGGGUGGGGAUUUGCGUAGUAGAGGGCAGUGAGUAAUGGUGUUCUGGGCUGUUAGAGUAGCUAUGUGCUGACAUACUUCUUGCUUAUGAACAGAGCUGGAAUGCCUGAUCGAUGGUUGCCCCGCAUCAUGGGGAGAUUAGUCACUAAAUGUAACCAGUAUGCCAUCAAGCUUUUUUCUGUAGCAUGGCAAAAGUGCAGGUAAAUGUUAACAUGCUGAGGAAGAGAGUAGCUUGGCAGUAGGGAUGUUUCGUUGGGACUGCUUUGUGCUCAUACAGAAUGGCCACCCUUUCCUGUUAUUGGGAAGGGGACUUUGUGCCUAAUAUCCUAAAGAUAUUUCUGUGUAACUCUUAGGUCUUCCUUCUGUCCAGUUCUCUUUUCUCAUGACCUGUGCAGUUUUUAUUUUUUAAUUGCUCUUCUAAACUGCCCUUUACUCAAAUGAAUCCCCUAAAUUAUAAAUGAUAGACUUCAGGACAAAGAGUAGCAGCAAUUACAGAUAAAAAUUCAGCAGCAGACAUAAUACUCCUCAAAUUCCCAAACCUUGGAGAGUCUAAUCACUGCCAACAAAAGCCUGGGUAAACAAGUGUGUUUUACUUGGCACCAGAAACCCAUCAGUGUAGAGGCUAACUGCACCUCUGUGUCAGGGAAUUCCUUAAUUAGGGUCUUCUCUGUAGUGGCACCCUAUCCCCUGUCACUAUACAGUGUUUUAUCCCCACUGAAACAAGGAAGAAAGCCUCUUCUGCUGAUCUCAGGUCAGCUUGUAAAUGGAAACAGGUAUUUUGAUUCUGGGCUUAUUUUGGGCUUUGUUUCUCAGCAUUGACACCUUAAAUUGGAGCCAGAAAUUUACAGGGAGCCAGUGCAGGCCACACCACUAGCAUAAUCCUGCAUAGAUGCUCCAGGCAACAACCUAGCAACAGUGUUCUGCACUAGCUGGUGUUUUCAGACCAUCUUAGAAGGCAUUUCUGAGUAGCAAAAGCAUCAUGUCUGGAACAGCUUUGACUUGCACUAUGGAUGCCGGUCUGAUAUUAGAAUAGCUCCAUAAUUUCUGUGGGAUGAAAUGUUGGGUGAGAUCACAUGGAACCUCUUUAAUAUUCUGUCUUUUUUCAUUCUGCAGUUGAGUAAGUGGGCAAGAGGCUACUAUAUUGUUGGUUACAGAAACAGAAUAAAAAUGAUCCAUAAAUACACACAUGCACCCACAAAAAACUAGCCAUUUUUUGGAAACCAUGUUGCAGAGUUUGGGGUACUUUGCAGAAUGUAUUAUUUGUUUAUUAAAAACACCCUGUGUACACACACAAUUCAAAUGAUUAUUUGGAGGAUCAGAAAUUAGUUGUGCAUUAGUGACUUCCUUUUCCAUUCCCUGUUUGAACAUGAACCAUAGUUUGCUUUGUUGCCUGCAUCAGCAAAUUGUGCUUUGUGCUUCCUCUCUAAAUCAGAAUUAAAAACCUACUUCAAACUAUGGUUUCUGAUUCCAGUUUGGAGGGCAAGUUCUAACCAAAGAUUGCCAAUUCAGACAUCACAAUACAUGAUUGUUAGUGCUAAAUGGGAAGCAGAGAUAGACACUGCAUGCAAGAGGCAAGGAGAGGAUGUACAAGUCUGUGGCUUGUACAUGGUCCUCUAAAGCAUCGUUUUGCAGAGCUAUCUGAUUUUUUAUUCAUUCUCUUUUCACAUACGCUGGUUGUAAAUCCACAAUUUUGUCACUUGUGCCCAGGUAUUAACCUUAGGACACAUUAAUAAUUCAGCCUAUCACAGAUGGACUUCCCAUGCUUUUUGGUAAGUAAAACAGUAUUUUAUUUACCGUAUUUUUCGCCCCAUAGGGCGCACCGGCCCAUAGGGCGCACCUAGUUUUUUUGGGGGGGAAAUAAAGAAAAAAAUUAUUUCCCCCCCCCAGGUGCGGGGCUGGGGCGGGGGAAGCCUGAGCUUCUCCCGACCCCAGCCCCCAGAACAGGCUGCUGUCUGCAAGCCUUGGGAGCCCGGUGGGAAGUCGCGCCGGGCUCCCAAGGCUUGCGGAGAGCUGCCCGAAGCCCGGGGUGUGCUCCGCUGAGCUCCCCAGGUUUCGGGCUGCAGGCUGCUGUCCGCAAGCCUUGGGAGCCCGGCGGGAACUCCCGUGGGCUCCCAAGGCUUGCGGAUAGCUUUCUGAAGCCUGGAGAGCGAGAGGGGUCGGUGCGCAUCGACCCCUCUUGCUCUCCAGGCUUCAGUGAAAGCCUGCAUUCGCCCCAUAGGACGCACACACAUUUCCCCUUUAUUUUUGGAGGGGGGAAAGUGCGUCCUAUAGGGCGAAAAAUACGGUACCUGUAUGUAGUGAGCUAUGCUUGAGAACGACCAUUUUAAAAUCUUGUUGUUUUAUCUGUUGCCAUGUCUCUUCGGUUAGCUCAGUUGAGUGAUGAAUAUAUUGAUGUUCGUAUUAUAUUUAUUUUCUGAAGCAAAAGGACAUUGAUAGGGAGGAAAGAAAAAGCCCAAUUAUGGCCUGGUUCCCAUGUUAUGCUAAGCCAUGGUUAACUUAAGCCAAAGUUUAUAAAUCGGUAAUAAACCAUGGUUUGUGAGAUCGUUUGUUCAUGAUUAGUAAACCAUGGUUAAGCUACUGGGCCAGGUUCAUAAAAUGUGGUUUAUAAACUGUAGUUAGCAUUGCAUGCAAACACAGCCAUAAAAAUAUUGAGGUGGAGGUACUUAGACAUAGGCCUUGUUCCCAUCUCACUGGAAACCAAACUAUGGCUUACCAGAACUGCACAAACAUACUUCUUCCUGCGCAAGAGCUUAUAUCCACUUUGCUGCUCCCUGGUCCUUUUAGCAUAGCACUCUGCUUCAGCUAAGCCAGGGUUUGACUUAGUGUGUUGUCUGAACCAGGCUAGAGUCUCUUUUUUCCCCCUGAUCCGAGAGCCAAAAUAGUACGAACAAAAGGCCAUGGAAGGCUGAGGAGCACAGCUCUAGGUUUACAGGGCUUGAUUGUGUUCAGUGAUGGCAAAUAUAUGCUUUUUGCAAAAACCUAAAUUUCUCAAACUGAUGACAUUGCUAUGACAGGGUCAUCAACAAUGGGUUGGCUAACUGUAUGUAUCUGAAAACUUAGUGAAUACCUGUAUCCAGAACCUUUUCACCUAGGCACAGUCCCACCACACAAGUUCAAAGGAGCCCACUGAUGGCACCCUCUCCAGCACUGUGGAGGUAUUGAAGUGGGGUCUACAGUCGCCAUAAGAGUACUUUGAGCAACACCUCCUGAAUUCUGGCAGAGGUAGAGAGGAGGUUUAGUCCAAAUUGAGUAGUAGUAAUAAUAAUAAUAAUAAUAAUAAUAAUAAUAAUAAUAAUAAUUUAUUAUUUAUACUCCGCUUAUCUGGCUGGGUUUCCCCAGCCACUCUGGGCGGCUUCCAACAAAACCCUAAAAUACAAUAACCUAUUAAACAUUAAAAGCUUCCCUAAACAGGGCUGCCUUCAGAUGUCUUCUAAAAUUUUGGUAGUUAUUUUUCUCUUUGACAUCUGGUGGGAGGGCGUUCCACAGGGCGGGUGCCACUACCGAGAAGGCCCUCUGCCUGGUUCCGUGUAACUUGGCUUCUCGCAAUGAGGGAACCGCCAGAAGGCCCUCGGCGCUGGACCUCAGCGUCCGGGCAGAACGAUGGAGGUGGAGACGCUCCUUCAGGUAUACUGGGCCGAGGCCGUCUAGGGCUUUAAGGGCCCUAAACAGUUCUCUUCAGUGCUUAUGUCCAGAUCACCUCCCAUAUUGUUUCCACCACUGAUAAUUGGUAUAUCUGGGAGGCCCCCCUUGAGCUUUCCAUCAGGCUGGAUGCGGAAGUACUCAUAAACUAACUGUGAGUAGAUACCAUCUCAACAGCUUCCACACAGUGACCUCACCUGAGCAAUGCAUAUUUCUGUAGCGCAUGUCCUCUACUUUUGCUCAGAGUGAAGCCUUGCUGCAAUUUGCUGCUAGACAUUGUUUUGUUCUUAAGAAACAACUGAAGAGUGGUAUGCAAAUAUAACAAAAUGAUUGAUAGGCAUAAAUUCAAAGUCCCACCUCCCCAGCCCAUUAGUGUUCCUAAGCAACCAUGGGGGCUAGUAACUUUAGUAAAGCAAUAUGUACUGAAAUAUAACAGGAUCUCAUGAGCUGUGUCUUGCAGUGCCUUUCCCCAAAUAAGUAAAUCAAGCUUCUUACUUUGUUUGUGUAGAAUUCAACCUACAUAUAAAGCAUGGAGUGUUUUCCCUCCACUGUGUGUGUGAGAGAGAGAUAUUUCUAACCCUCUCUCUCCUCCUGCUGGGUGUUUGUUGCUGCUGCUGGGAGUGAUUUUCUUUCCACCCCUCACCCCCCCCACCCCCACCCCAUUAAAAAAUCCAGUUGUAGAGUGUUAGCUUUCUGCCUGAAAGGAGUUAAUCUCAUGUUGACCGAUGAACCUUGGAUAUGCUUAUUUCAAGGGAUUGCAUGUUGUCCACAGCACCUGUGUGCAUCUACACUCACUGACUUUUAAACUGAGGGUAAUUCAUUGUUGGUCAUGAUAGUUCUUGGUUUGUUGCUGGCUACUUAUCACAUGGAAAUGUUUUGGAGGUACUGUGAAUAAGUUGGGGGGGGUGUUGAGGGGAGGGAUUGGACAAGGGAGAGCUGGUGGACAUGCAAAUAAGACUUUAAUUCUCCUUGUCGUAUUCUCUUUGCCCAGCUGUAUAUAGUAACUUCACAGUACGUGUCUCUUCCUAUUCCUAUGAAAGUAGACUUUGUUCUCUGAAGACUGCUAAUCAUGCCCCAUGGGGGUGUAAUCAGUUAUAAGGUAUUUAAUAUAUGCAGGCAGGAACAGGCUGCCUGGCCAGGCUGGCAGAUUGCAACACUACAAUUAUAAAGGGCCCCUUUCCCCUGCUCUGCCCGCCCACCAGUGGCAGGAUGAGGGCUUUGCCCCGAGAUGCUGUAAAACAUACAAAGGAUAAACGUGGGCGGGAGCUGGGUAAGCGCAGAGACACCUCCUUUGCCUGCCUGCUGUUUUCCUGCUUAUCUGAAUGCUGGGAGAGACAGUACUGCUGAGACUCCUGGAAGCUGGGAGCAGUUGGAGAGGGGGGGUGGCUGGUAAAAGGGCUCCCCCCCCCUUUCUUUUGGUGAAGCUUAAAGGGGCUUUUCUUCAUGGGCAUGUGCUUGGAAACGAGGAAACGUAUUUCGGUAUCUUGGAAGAGAAUGGGAUUUUUGUUGCAUUUCUCUAGUUUGCAGUGUGAGUGUGGCACACCCUGCUGCCUCAUUGGUCUUUACUUCGUAUUGCCUCUCUAUGUUUUUGGCGAUUUCCCUGCCCAUUUUCAUUUUUGUAGGCCGCGUCCCCUCCCCCUUUUAAUUAAAACCAUGGUAGCAAACCUUCCACAACUUUCCAGGUGCUCCCUGUGUUCCUUGAUCGUUCACAUGAAGCCAAACCACCCCUGGAUUGUUGAAGAGCAGUUGCUAAAAAAGCAAAACAAAACCGAUUGUGCUAUAAAAUGGAACAAACAAGGCGUGAGCUGUUUGUCUUUGCCUUGCAAUAACACUUGGUCUGGGGUUCUAACAAGCUUCUACCUGUAAGGGGAGUGGGGCAGAAAUUGUCUUGGACCAUCUCAAGGCAGUCCUGGAUUUAAGUUCAGUGUUUUUGGAGAGAGAAUGUGAUUCACACUUUUAGUUUCCAAAAGCAAACUUGAAAGCAGAACAUUUGUGUGAGACAAUUAAGAGGGAAGGCAGUGCCCUUCAGCUUGAUCUAGGCUUGUCUGGGAAGCUGGCAACAGCUCUUUUUGAGGUAAACCGUCUCCUAUUUCAGUAAUGUCCUUUAAUUGUAUAUUAUUAGCACAAUCCAUUCAUAUUAGUCCUACAUAGUGCACACCACGGACAGCUGCUUGUACUUGACAAAAACUGGCAACCGUUUGAUUUUGAUGGAGACAUAAGGUUACCUGUUCAUAUUGUCCACUGUUACUGUACGACGUCACUCAUGUCAGCGCAUAAGUGGAGUGGAAUUGGCUUUGCUUGUCUUCACAACAGCACUGUAGGGAGGUAAAAGUUGUAGUACUGUAUUAUGCUUUGCACGUGGGCAAUUGACCCUAAGCCAUAACAUAGCCAAGGUGGUCUUAUAGCUGAAACAGAAUCAGAGCUUCUCAGUCUGGAGAAGUUUAAUAGGUUGGAUUCUCAGAAUUCAUUGUUGCCUUUGCAAAGGAGAAGCAGGAUUAGAGAACACUUCUGCCUCUGAAGACUUUGUGGGUGCAUAGCGUGUAUGUAGCUCCGCCCUGUGUGGGCGGCUUUAAGAGCAGGGUCCCCUCCAUGUUUACCAGGCACCUGAGACCUUUGCCUUGAUUUCUGAGGCUUCCUGUUGUGGCAGGUGGCUCUGAGAGGAAGAGUUCAGUAGAGCAGAAAUCAUAUCUGCCUUUGCUGACUUUUGGUAAUGUAUUUGUGUGAAAGGGUGUUGAGGUGUAGAAGAGAGAGAGAGAAAUACCCUGCUUGGGGCGGGGGGAAGGAGGAGGAUGGUAACCGGCUUUGAAAAAGGGAGUUGUGUUAAACCAAACAUUAAAGGUAGUUUAGCAGUUUCUUUCAGCUUCCUUCUGUUAAACCGAGAUUUUUAGAUGGUUGAAUACUGGCUGUUUUGAGCAAAAGCUGGGUUGGCAGGGAGGAAGGGAGAAGCUUCUUACAUAUUUCUUAAAACCGUUCUUGGCUAGAAGGAUCCAGCUGUUCCCCAGUUAGCCCAGUCUAUAGAACCAAAUGCGCGUGCGUGCGCACACACACACACACACACAAGUUAUCCUUAUGAAUUCCCCUUCUCAUCCUAUUUUGUUUGCUUCAGUGCACUUGGUAGUGGCUCCAGUACUCCUCUGUCUGGGUUCACGGCUGAGGCAGUGGUGGAGGUCUGUAGCUGGCAUAGUUGGAGGGACUGCGGAGGCCACGUGGGCUUGGCUGCUUGUUUUUGUUCUCUGCUUUGCGUGGAAUGCAGUGUGUUUGUCUUUCUUGGCCUGUGGUUUCAGCCUGCAUUCCUGCGCAUAGAGUCAGCCUGGCGGCAGGCGGCGUGCUGUUCAUGCCCUGCGGCUACAUGCUUUCAGCUCCACAUCAAAGGUGUGUUCAGUGCGUAGCUUGUGCCGUUCUUGGCCACACCUGGUGGCCUGCAGGCACGCAGGUAGGAGGGGCCUGGGUUGUGUUUGCAGACGGUGUUUUAAGGUUUAGACUUCUUCGCCGUACUUAUGAAAGCAGAAGAGUUGAGUUUAUGUUAAACAGUGGAAAAAAAAAAUCCACAUCCAUGGUAACUGAGGAACUCAGCAGGGAGAGACUGCUGCUUUAGGGGCGGGUGGCGCUGUGGUCUAAACCACUGAGCCCGCGAUGGGGCGAGCUCCUGUUGCUCGGUCUCAGCUCCUGCCAACCUAGCAGCUCGAAAGCAAGUAGAUAAAUAGGUACCGCUCUGGCGGGAAGGUAAACAGCGUUUCCGUGCUUCUCUGGUUUCGCCAGAAGCGGCUCAGUCAUGCUGGCCACAUGACCUGGAAAAACUGUCUGCAGACAAACAUCGGCUCCCUUGGCCAGUAAAGCGAGAUGAGCGCCGCAACCCCAGAGUCAUUCGCGACUGGACUUAACUGUUGGGGUCCUUUACCUUUUUCUUAACCAGCAGCAGCACCUAAAAGCCUACAAUAACUGUUGCCUGUUCCCUUCAAAUGGACUAGCUUGUGCUCAAUUCAACUCUAGUUAAGGUCAGUUGAGGUGGGUCCACUCCUGCAUGUUACUGGUUGGAUCCCUGAUGACUGGAUUAGUUGCUUGAGCUAUCAGACUGUACCCUUUGAACUGAAGGGGAGAUUGGGACUCAUCCUACUUCUGCUCUCAGGAGAACAGCCAUGGAUACCUUUGGUCCAAAUGUGUGGCGUGCUUGACAUCUGCCUGUUCUUGCCAGUCUACACAACAGAGGUAGCUCACAUCAGUGUGGUUGUGGGGCUGUUCUGGAAGGAAAGGUUGACUAGGAUGCUUUCUUCCUGGUUGAGUGUGCUCUCUCCAAGUACAGAUGAUUUAAUACCUUUAUAAUUGAAGAUCUUGCCUGUGAUUGAAAGCCCAUAUUUUGGGGUGUUGUUCUUUGAACUGUGGGGGAAAGAGUUUCAUGGAAACUGCUUUUCAGUGAGUGCUUCCCAUAUUCCCAGCUGCGAGCUACAAUACUUUGCCUGAUGUGUGAAAAACUGCUGCUUAGAAAAGUCCUUGUGGUCAGAGGUUUCCUUGAUCCGCAAAAGCACUACCAAUUAUUUUCUUCCUUUAUUCUCCCAAUCUCUUUGACCUCCCUGGACACAUCCCAUAUACCCAAAGGGUAUACAUAUUUUAAAAGUGCACAUAAUGGUUUGUUAAUAGCAUAAGGUCAGAAGAGCUCACCUGUUCCCAUUGGCAGGAGCUUAUGGUGGUGGAUCUCAACAGAGACCGCAAGUAAUACUUUCUUUUAGAGCGGGUGGCUCUGUGGUCUAAACCACAGAGCCUAGGGCUUGCCGAUCAUAAGGUCGGCGGUUCAAAUCCCCAUGACGGGGUGAGCUCCUGUUGCUCAGUCCCUGUUCCCGCCAACCUAGCAGUUCGAAAGCACGUCAAAGUGCAAGUAGAUAAAUAGGUAUCACUCCGACGGGAAGGUAAACGGCGUUUCCGUGCGCUGCUCUGGUUCACCAGAAGCGGCUUAGUCAUGCUGGCCACAUGACCCGCAAUGUGUAUGCUGCCUCCCUCGGCCAGUAAAGCGAGAUGAGCGCCGCAACCCCAGAGUCAUCUGCGACUGGACCUAACAGUCAGGGGUCCCUUUACCUUUAAUGUUCACAUUGCAAUUUGUGAGCUUUUGAGCUUUAAUAGUAGGGUUAUGUGAGGAUACGGAGACUUGCUGCAUAGCCAUUACUCAAUAUAGUGCAAGGUGCACUUACAGAUUUUUAUUCUGAAGCUCUGUCAUGUUCUUCGUUCAGAGCUGUGUGCGGGAUGCUCCUAGGAGUGGAGUGGUCUGGAAUUGUAAGGGUUGUAGACAAGACUUUUAGGGUUGAAAAGCCAGGUUUGUCUUCUGCAGUGCAACCUCUACUCGUUCUGGCUUGUCCCAUGUAAGAACAUAAUAAGUCUUUCUGGAUCAAAGCCCAUCUAGUCCGGCAUCCUGUUCUCGCCGUGGCCAGCCAGUUGCCUGUGGGAAGCCUGCAAGCAGGACUGGCAUGCGGCAGCACUCUCGCCAUUUGUGAGUCCCAGAAAACAGCGUUCAGAGUCAUAUGAUCUUGUUCAGUGGAGGCAGAACGCAUCCAUUGCGGCUAGUAGCCACUCAUAAGUAGAAUCUGGUACUUGUGUGUUCUCUAGCCUCCUCCCCACUCUACUUGUUUGUGGUGAUUGACAGUGGAAGGAGCCGAUGGGGCAGCACACUAUUUUAAGCAGGCUUAUAAAUAAAAGAGAGGCGAAGGAUUCAUCUAAUAAAAAUAUAUAUAAGUUUGUGAGAAUCCCCGUGACAACACUACCGUUCUCUGGCUAGAGCUAAAGCUCCCUCUCCUGGACAGAUUUGCUUCACUGCAGUCAUUUAACAAGGCACAAACUACUGAUGUAGUGCCGGACUAAAUUAAAUUCAGUUGUGUGUUUCAUUCCCCUGACUUUUUAUCUCUUCUCCACGGAAAAGUAACUGUGGAAACCAUCAUCAGGACCAUGCAACUUCCUCUGCCCCACCGUAGGAAAGCAACAUUUCCCCUGCCAUUUGUCUACCCUGGGAAGAGUUAAAAGCUUGUAUUCCACUCCCAACAACAGCCUCAAAGUCUGUGUUUCAUUGAAUAAAUAGAAAAGCCAGGGGAAAGUAGCAUACAAUUGCAUGCCAUUUGUUGACUGUCCCAACGUUUACUUAGCUUGUCAAAGUUUUUGACAGAGUCCCUCUUCACUGGUUCUAGGAAAGAAAAUAAUGUACAAAAUAAUGAAGGUUCAGUUUCUUUAGAUUUGCAGAAAUAACUUUGCUGCAGUACAGAAUACUGACUGCUGAAGGCAGGAAUGACAACCCUGUACCAGAAUAAUGCUUAGGGGUUGAAUCUUCAACCUCGGUCCUUUAAGGACUCAGGAAUCAGUUAAGCUGAUUCAUCUCAUUUUCCAGUGGUGUGAAAAUUGUUAGGCAUGCUCAGCCGUAACAUUUGUAUUAUGAAAUUAGUAUUGGAAAGGUUAGGAAAUUGAGCUUCUGCUCUCUGAACUGGCCAUAAUUAAAGCUCUCAGAAAAACAACAGCAAAAACUGCUCCCUGCUUCUUUGGAAACCUGGUUAUCUAAAUCUUCAGCUUCCUGUUGUAACCUGUUUUUUUCUCCGCAGCUGUGCAGCAACAUAAUGAAUCUGCUUGUGUUUUGGUGGCAGCUGAGUGGUAUUGGGAACAGUGAUUGUGUGUUGUUGAUAAAUUUUAUGAAAGGCUUAGGAUAGAAGGUGGUUAACAAUGGAAGACAAUAAUCCGCAGUUCAUGGAAUAAUUGAUGAGUUUGGUUAAGAAUGGAAGUGCAUGUAUGUGUGUUUUGAACAGAAGAGAAAAGUGGGCAGUUUGGGGAAUGUGGUUUGUUUUUUAUAGUUUCUUCCUCCAUUCUUUUUAAUGCCAAGUUUUCUUAGCCAAAUCUUCUGAAGGCUGCAUUAAUUUUCUCAAAACAAUGUUAUCAAACAAUGAUGCGCGAACAAGGCCUGCGAGUUGACUCUGAACUAAAUCCAAUUUGUAGUUAAAUUCCAUUGGUGUUUUGGCAUAAAUAUGAGAACUAAUUUUGUGGAAUUGAUGUUGCUUUUUAAGCCUUAACAUGGGUAAGCUGUGACUGUGCUAGUGAACUAGAAGGGGGAAAGCUGUGGGAGAUUGACUACUUCACGUGAUCCCUGAUAGCAUGACUUAAAAGCAUCUUACGAUACGACUAAUCCAGAAAAUAACAUAACUUAAAAGUGUUGAGGUUUCUUAGAUUCCCAUGAAUGUGGCUUCCUUAUAAGUAAUAGAGACCAAGCUUUUUAAAACCAAGCUACUUUUUCUUUUUACCAUUAUAAAGCUAACUGUAAACUGUCCAUUGCUGUCACUUGACUGUGGCUUUAAACUUUUAAAAACCUGUUUCUCUCAGGGAGCUGCUAUUCUCCAGUUACUCUAGUUGUCCUUAGAUAAGAUUACUUCUCAAAACCGGAUGGAAUACCGAAUUGCAGAUUGUAUUGACUUGCUGCUCACUGAGCUCUUAAUAGCACCCAAGCCUCUCUGUGGCCAAGUGAGGGACACCCCACACAGAGGAUCUCUCCUCUGUUUCACAGCAAAUUAGGUUGGGCUGUUGUGACUGAGGUGGAAUAAUGAACGUAUCUGCAUAAUUCAUGGCAAUCUUCUACUCCAGAAUAAAUGCCUGUUCAAUAAGUACAUCAAGAAGUUGAAUAUUCCUGUCCUUUUUUCUUUUUUUUAAAAGGGGGAUAGUUUUAAAGGCCUUUCCAGUAUGCUGUGGAAUUGUGGCCUGAUGCUCAGGUUCUGUGAUACUCAUUGAAAACCUAGUUAGAAUACUCUGCAUCCAGCGCUGACCGUGUUCUUGCCUGUACUGUUGUUUUGCUCCUGCUGAUUGGUAACUCUCACAAAGUUCCCUUUCUCCGGUUUCAGAAGCCGUUGCCCAGAUGCUGUUGGAUGUGGUGUGGAUACUGCAGACUCAGAGCCGGGAGGACGAACAUGUUUGGACAGGACAUCACUUUGGGUCUGUAAGUCCCUUAUUUUAUGAGAGGCCUAUGUGGGGAAUGUCUGCAAGGGGUUGUGCAGUGGUACCCUGGGUAUUUUGUCAUGUGUGAUGGGCGGGAGGAAGGGAGCUGGGCAGGGGACGUGUAUGUUGUACUCUAGAACCCAGCAGGACACAGGAGAAGCGUGUGGGAAUCAGGGCAUGUUCUACUGUAGCAGACAAUGUCUCUUGUAGAUGAGGCAAGGAUGACAAAAUGCCGUUCACAUGGACCAGGCUCUUGGUUGGAUAUUAUCCUCGGUUUUAAAAAUGCACAGGAAAUAAAAAGGCUUUUGCCUGGUAUCAAAACAACACAAGAACCACACGAGUCUCUCUAGGGGAAAAGGUUUCAAAACCAGGCUGCUAUAACCAAAAUGGCUCUCUCUGUGGUAUUCACCCACCUAAUUUCAGAAGACAGGAGCAUCCAAUGAAGGACCUCUGACAAAAAUUUUAACACAUGGACAUAUGGGGGGGGGGGACUAUCCUUGAGGUGGCUGGAUCCUAAGGCAUCAAAGGCUUGAAAGCUAAGUCCCCACAAUGUAAAAUUGUGUUCAGAAAUGGGCCUAUAGUGAGUAAAAAAUUUCCCCCCCAAAGAGUGUGAAUCAGCCUCUAAAGCUGGUCCUAGUUAUCAACCUAGUAGUUUAUUUUGAAUUAACUUGUGUUUCUAUGAAGGCUCAAAAGGCGCUUUGGGUGCUAUUCAACUAAGUUUUAUUCACAGUUCACCCAUUGAAAUGAAUAGGCCUAGCUUAGCCAUGUUCAUUAAUUUCAAUGAGUUUGCUCUGAGUAGAACUUAGUAGAAUGCCCUCCCCCAUUCUGUUAGGGUUGAACUUUGUUUUGUUAGCCCUCAUCCAGUCCGUCACUGAUCUCAGACCCCAAUUCAGAAUCUCUACUGCCUUUCCUGAACCAGAUGAAAAGGAGAAAUCAAGCGAUAUGCCACUGUAUUGGCGACACCACACUCCAUCUCCAAAUGACCCGUGUUUUCAUCUAAAUGUUAAAGCGCAUGGGGGUAAGAUACCACUCCAACCAUGGGACUAAGCAAUAGUCCUCCAGGACCACCUUUCUGUAAUCUGACCCUCCAAAUAGGAACAGGACCACCAACAAGGCAGUGUCCCCAUCCUUCAGUUGACAUCUCUGUCCAUAAGGAUACCACAACAGAUGGUUUUGAAAACCACUGAGAUAUUCAGGAAAAUUUCAGAGUUGCAUUCCCUGUCUUUUUCUCAUCACAGGUCAUCCAUCAGGAUGUUCAGGGCAGUUUCUUUGCUGUAAGUGGGGCUGAAAUUGACCUAGCUAGUAAGUCCCAUCCAGAAGUGUCUAGAGUUGGGCAUCCAUCAGCUGGUUGAGCACUUUGCCCGGGAAAGGGAUGCAUGUGACUUCCUGAUAGUUGUUGCAGUCCUUGGGGUCGAGGAAAGGCCUUUUUAAGCCUUACAACCAUCUGAUUCAAUAUUCAAGACAACCUCUGAACUUGUAGGUGAACUCCUCUUCUAGCUUUUAUAAGCCAUAAUGGACAAGAUUGAGUACACAGAUGAUAGUCAACACCCCAGCAGGUGCCUUACUCUCAUUCACAGGCCACAGCUAUUGAAAAAUCUUAACGAAAAAGGACCAGAUUGCAUGCUGGGCAUGUUCAUUGAUUGAACUGCAACAAUGGUGAUGUUUAAGUGGGAGGCAUGCAGGCAACCUUCUUGCCAAGGUGCAUAGCAACUUAGCCCAUGUUUGGAAUACCAUUUGGAGAAGCUCCACUGCCCUCACUCCACCACAGAGUAGACUUGUGAGCUCUUGAUGUAUUUUAUGAUCAUUGCAAGUUUUUCAGCGCUGUGUUUAAGCCAUCCCUAGCCACUUCACUGUCCCAAGGUAAAAGGUAAAGGUACCCCUGCCCGUACGGGCCAGUCUUGCCAGACUCUAGGGUUGUGCGCUCAUCUCACUCUAUAGGCUGGGAGCCAGCACUGUCCGCAGACACUUCCGGGUCACGUGGCCAGCGUGACAAGCUGCAUCUGGCGAGCCAGCGCAGCACACAGAACGUCGUUUACCUUCCCGCUGGUAAGCGGUCCCUAUUUAUCUACUUGCACCCGGGGGUGCUUUCGAACUGCUAGGUUGGCAGGCGCUGGGACCGAACGAUGGGAGCGCACCCUGCCGCGGGGAUUUGAACCGCCGACCAUACGAUCGGCAAGCCCUAGGCGCUGAGGUUUUACCCACAGCGCCACCCGCGUCCCUUUCACUGUCCCAACUGCUUGGUAAAUCCAGGUACUGAGUGGGACCUAUUUAGCUUGCCACAUGCUUAGGAGUAAUUGUGUCAAUUAUCUGAGCCAUAUCUGCAUUCCACAGAGCAACGAAGGUUUCAACAGGUGCCCCAGUCGUGCCACUAGGAAGCUCCCAAAGGAUUCUCUUAGUCUUCAUGGGCAGACCAUCCCAAUAGGCCCACCAUCCUUGUGGAGGGAAAAGCCUGAACCCAACAGAAAGUUACCUGACCAUGACAAUUGUUCUUGUGCUUGCCUUCCCAGACAAUAGAACAUUUUUCUUCUGCUGCUUUACAUUGUUUGUAACUUGUUUUACUGUGUAAACUUUUGGGUUGCAUUUUGUACUUUUUAAUAAGCAACAAACCACCAUGUUUAUUUAGUUAUAUGACCUCUAUAUAGUUGUGCAUGUGUGUACAGAUACAUGUAUAAUAUAUAAAACUAGGAUCUUGCAGCUUUUAAAAUAAAUAAAAAAGUGAGAUUCUCAGGCUGCUGAAUUUUGCACCUGAAAAUAAUUGUCCUGUUUCUGUGUUUGCAUGGAAUUGGAGAGUAUGCUGAACCUUCUUGGAAAGCCUCUCCCCACCCCCACAAGUCUAUUCACAGGCACCGUGCUGCGUUCCUGUAUUGUUGGACUUGGAGAAGUGUAGAUCUAGUUAUUGCUCUGUGGCCUUGGAACAGAAUAGCUAUGCUAUUGUGAGAUUGUUUGUUCUGUGCUAGUUGAGGCCCGAAGAAAACAAUGUAGUAAGGAAAGGGGCCAACAAGCUUGUUGGGGCAGGGCCAAUCCUAGGGCAUCUCAAAGACUUGUUUCAGCAGCUCUCUUGCCCAGCACAGGCCCUCCUGGCUUCCUGUUACACUAACUUUGUUUAUGGCUCUGACUUAGGGUGUGGAGUUUUUGUACACAUAAUGUAACCCCAACUCCAAGGUUGGGUGUCAAUGAUAGAGGAAAGUAGCUGGGAGGGCCAGGGAAAACUUCAGCAAUGCAACCCCACCAGAUUGUGUGAGAGCUUGAGUGGAAAUAGCAGGCCAGAAUCCUAUUCUCCGACCUGUUGUUCUACCCCUCUGUUCAUAGUGCCCUGACCUUGUGGGGCAUCUGGUUGCAUAUAUCCCAUACCUGUACAUUUUAGGCUCAUUUUGCUCUGAGAGCUAGGCAUGGGAGAGAUGAUCUGUGGUAAAGAAGGUGAGGGACAUUCUCUUAAGAGGGCCAGCAAAUAGUUGGUACAGAUUUCAAAAGCAUCCCCCCCCAAUACAUCUUACAAUUCCUUUCAGAAAUAGAGGAUGGUGUAGUCUGUUUCAUGAGAAUCUGCUGCCCACCUUCAUUUUGACUCUUGAGCCUUUUAUGGAUCAGUACUUGAACUCUUGUUUCUGAUGGAUCGGUGCAGCAGAAAAUAGUUGUAAAAUCCAAAUACAGUUGUACCUCGGUUCUCAAACGGAAUCUGUUCCGGAAGUCCAUUCUACUUCCAAAAUGUUUGGAAACCAAGGCACGGUUUCCGAUUGGCUGCAGGAAGCUCCAAAAAGAGUUCACAAACCAGAACACUCACUUCUGGGUUUGUGGCAUUCGGGAGCCAAAACGUUCGAGAACUAAGCUGUUUGAAAACUAAGGUACGACUGUACUCAGUAUUACCUUUUGGUGUACAUGGGAAAAUGUGCUCUACCAGAAUGUUUUGUUGACAGUUUUGAGCUUUAUUUAGGUAUUUGCAGCUAUUCCCCCCACCCCCAUCUGACCUGUGAUCCUACAGAUUGGGCAUAUUUCGGGUGGGGACUGACAUAAGUGUUUAUUCCUUGAGCUGGAAAAGAGAGGAGGAGCUGAGCUCCAUAGUAAACCGUCUUUGUUUUCCUCACUUUUUAGGUUGUUGGGUUGAGUGCCUUCUUCAUGAGGCUUCAAAUCUGAAUCCAGGCUGGUAAGUUCUUCAACACAUCUGUUAUAGGCUUAGCUGUGGGGAUUGCCUCAUACUUAGGCAUUGCACUGCUCCACAUUUGACCUUCCUUCAGUGAGAGUCGGCCAAAGAGGCCUUACCCAAAUUCCCCUUUAUGAACGAGAUGUACAUAAGAAGUCGUCAUAUAUCUGGUCACUACUUACCCAUCUAGUCCAGUUUAGCCUAUUUGUUGAGGCUCCCCAGGGAGUUUCACUCGUGUCAUCUGCUCUCUGGUCCUUUUACCUGGAGAUGAUUCAGCCUGGGACCUGCUGCAUGGAAAACCAUAGCUACUACUGAGCUAUGGUUCUUCCUACAAUGAGAAAUGUAGAGCGCUGAGGAAGCCCUUCUUAAGACUGACCCCAGAUAAAUAGAAUAUUACUUCCAGGAGGUUUCUUAAAUGGCCAGCCUUGUUUUUUUGUUAUUUUUUAAAGAAAACCGUAAGUCAUUUCUGUUUAAACUGGUUUUCAAGCAUAUACUAGGACAUGUUUAAUUUGCAACCAGUUAUCUUUGCUCAUUUUUGUGAUUGCUGUUAUGAUUUAAUUAAUGGAUAGUUUUUACAACCUUCUUUGAUUAGCAGGGUAGCAUGUUUUAAUCCAGCGGGUUCAAUACUGGGGAGGAGGUAGCAAAAGGCAUGCACUUUCACCCAUGAGUCAUCAGGUUACUAGAGGCCUCACAGAAGCUUUGACUGCUGCUGUCUGGAAGACGUGGUGCCUGCAAAACAUUGUCAUUGGUAUUGUAGCUGCCCUGCGUUUACCUCCAGCUGUACAGAUAUGUUUUGACUUGUGUGUAAUGGAAUGUUGGAGGGAACCAUGGGAGUAAUGGGACAGUUCCAGGCAGUUUAAGCACAAAGGUACUGUGCCUUCUUUACCUAAAUUGUUAUUGACUUGAUAAGAACCCAGUGGCUCUACAGAGCAAAAUGCAACAGAGAACCUGUGUUUGUUUCUUUGUCUUCGUUUACCUCUUGCUCUGCUCUAAGCAGGCAUUACAAUAGGCUGACUCUUGAGGGCUGCAAAACCUAUGAUGUUGGGUUUUUUAUUGCACAUUGGCUGAAGGAAAUGCAUUCCUUGUGGAGGAGGAAAUGGACAAGAAACCGCUUGCUUGAAAUGAAGGUGCCUUCAGCAAAGCAUUCCCUGAAAUGUCAUGCUCUGGCCAUGUCUGUGCUUCCUGCUCCUUUAGGAGGCCUCACCUUUUCUGCCCUGACUGACCUUUGUUGUGAGCAUGUGCUUCUUGUCACUUUCCUGCAGUGCCAAGCCUGCUGUUUGCCCUUGAUGUAUGUCAGUAGUAGAAGUACUUGAUGCUGUUACAUCAUUCUAGCGUAGUACUUAGAAACGGAAGCAAGCCAAGAGCUGUGCCAAAUCCAGCACAGGCAAGUUCUGCAUGCAGUCCUUGUCUGUAGAGGAGUAUCAUCUGUUAAGGGCCUUCUAGUUGAUGAGAUUUCACAGAGCAACAUUCCCUGUAUCCUUUUAGCUACCCCUGUAUCUUUUUAGCUACCUCGGGAAAUGCUAAACAGAGCAACAUUCCCUGUAUCCUUUUAGCUACCUCGGGAAAUGUUUGUGAACUUUGCAGGGGUUGUGAGGACUGAAAGGCCCGAGGAAGGCAGUUUGAUUCCAGCUCCCUUGUAUAUCAUAGAAGGAUUUCAUGGCUGAGCUUCCAUCAAGCCUGGCUGCCUGAUUUCUGGAAGGCUUUUGGACACUUGACUUGCAUUUGUUGACAAGUUUAUAGUCUUGGCUGGCAGCAGCAUGAUCACUGCCUUUGGCUAAUUUUUUACCUACACAGCAGAAGGCAGAGGCCUCUUGUCUGUGCUUUCAGGAACAUUUGCAUCAGUCCUGAUCUCCCCCCCCCCAAAUCCCCAUUAUAAAUUGCCUGCUGCCUCUGGCGAAUGCUGUCCUGGAACCUGACGCAGGUAGGUGCUGUUCAUGGCUCAUAGCUUUUACAGAAUGUAGACCUGCGUUGUUAAGCCCUGAUACAGCAGCAUAGCUCAGCAGCUUUCAGCAGGGUUCCUUCUGUCCUAGAAGUGCCUCCAAGCUUUGCCCUUAGAGAGAGUGGCAGCGAAAGUGCCUCUCUCUGCCGUUUUAUCCCUGACACACUUGGGAGUAAUUUGGCUUUAACUAAUACAAGCACAUAAUUCCUCCAGCCUGUCGGGAUGCUUAAUGCCUGCCGUUCUCUCCCAUGUAGUCCCUCUUGGCAGCGACAGCACAAGAUCAAUAGCUCCUGCCUGGCCUGUCAUUCCCGCCUGCAAGGUUUUCAGUUUCCAUAUCGGAAACGGCCUUUCCUAAAGAGCCCAAUCAAUAUGCUGCUCUGAGGCCUGUUCUCGUUUGCUAUAUAUAAUCUGGACACACACUGUAUGUUAGUGUGUGUAUGUGCAUAACACACAGAGAGAGAGGAUGAGCCAAUCCUCUGCUCUUGCUGGCUGGGAGGACGCAGCUGUGCUUUUUCUUCUUCCCUCCUUUUUUACUACAGCUGCUUUCCAAGGCUCUGGCCUGCCUCUUUCCUCGGUUCUCUGGAUGUUUGGCUGCUGUGGGACACAGGAUAUCUGACUGCCUUGUGGGAACGUAUCUGGGCUGAAAGGGGCAUAUGUGACUCUCUCUCUCCUCUGCAAUUUCUGCUCUCGGCAGGUGA